AUGGCGAGAAUACGUUGGUUAUCUAGAACUUCUAGAAUCGUUGCAUUGUGCAGUUUAGCGAAUUUCAUUAAUAGCGCUGACAGAGUUAUUAUGCCCAUAGCAAUCGUACCGAUGACCGAUAUAUUCGGAUGGAGUUUACAUGCACAGGGAUGGAUUUUAUCGGCCUUUGCGUUCGGUUACUUUACUAGUCAAUUACUCGGUAGCUUUUGGGCUACUAAAGUAGGAGCUAAAAGCGUGCUGCUAUGCAGCGUAUUGUUAUGGAGCAUCGCAACGUUUGUUACGCCAUUAUUAGCCGGAAGUUUCAUAUCUCUCGUAAGUUGCAGAAUUGUACUUGGAUUCGCCGAAGGAUUGGGAUUACCUACGAUCUUUCAUCUGUUUGCUCAUAACAUACCCGUCGAAGAAAGAUCUCGAGCGUUCUCUUAUUUGCUCGCCUCCGGCUCUGUAGGACAAACAGUAGCAUCGGUUCUGUGCCCGCAUCUCUCGUGGGAAGCGUGCUUCUACUGGUUCGGAUCUUUAGGCCUGCUGUGGUUAAUCCUGUGGAACUUUUCCUACCCGGGCGACAGCUACGCUACCGAAGAAACCCUGCCCCUGCACAUGCCGAAGGUGAUAAACCACAGCAUUCGCUGGGCGGAUUUCGUAUUCAGCAAACACCUGUGGGCGAUCUACGUGGCUCACUUCGCGAUGAAUUGGUCCUCUUACAUCAUUAUGCAGUGGUUACCUACUUACCUGUCGAGGUAUCUGGGCGCGAACUCUCACAGUUUGAGCCUGACCGCUGUUCCUUACAUCGUGAAUUCCAUAUUCGGCGUGAUUAGCGGGCACGUGGCCGAUGGAUUGCUGGGAAGCAAAAAUUGGUCCGUAUUGAACGUUAGAAGGCUCAUGACUAGCAUUGGGUUGAUUGGACCGGCGUUGUUCCUGGCUAUAUUCUGCGUGGUGGAUCACCUGGCGUUCGCUCUCAUUCUCGUUAGCAUUUCGAUGGGGCUAUCGGCCAGCAAUUCGGCGGGGCAUUUGAGCAAUCACGUGGAUAUAGCGCCGAAUUACGCGGGCACCACGUUCGCUAUAAGCAAUACUAUAGCUACUGUUCCGGGUAUACUUUGCGGACCGGUCACGGCCAGUUUAGUGACUUACUCGGACGGCAAGUGGAUGUCCGUGUUUCUCAGUGCUACUUUCAUAAACUUGACUGGUGCUUUCAUAUACUUUACAAACAGUGUUGCUACGCAGGUUCUGUGA